AUGCCACCGAACCCAUUCAGCUGCUUCAUGCCCUUCUACGACCCGUUCGGGCGCUCCUCUCUACUCGCCAACUCCGUGAGGACGCCACUUUCUUCUAGUCAAAUCUGCGAUACCACCACUCCUGUGGCCAGCGCCAAUAGCACUGCCGGUCCCAACACCAGCACCGCCUCUUUGAUGACCUCUUCCAUCGUGACCAACACUUCCGGCAAGCCGAUGAGCAGCAGAAGCAAUUGUUCCUCUGGAUCCUCGUCUUGGCGUCAGAACAUAAGUUAUCCGUCUGAACGCGAUCUGAUGAAGGGUCAGUUCGAAUCUCAUCCCGCCUCCGCCUCCUCCUCCUCCUCCUUCUCCUGCUCUUCCCCUUCCUCUUCCUCCUGCUCCUCCUCCUCAUCUUCCAUGGCAACUGGCGUCACCACAUCACCCUCCUUCCUUAUGUCCACCUCGGCGGCAGCCUACGGCUCCCCGGGCUACUCGUUGCCGGGACAACCCAGCAGUGCGGUCUACUCUCAGCUCUACCCGGCCCUGCAUCGCGGCAUCACCGCCGCAGCUGCGGCAGCUGCAGUGGCAACAGCAGCGGCAGCCGCUGGAAGCCAGUCGCCCUGCUCCCCAUUAACUCCAUUGCUGGGGUCUGCGGGGCAGAUGGCGGCAGUUGGACAGACUUUUUCUACCGCUACCACGGCGUCGCCUCGACGACUCAUCUGCCACGAGGCUCCUCCUGCGCACCAGACCAGCGGUCGACAGGCCUCAGGCGCCGGUAGCCAUUUGUCUUCGGGCUCCGUAGACGGACCAACCAGCCUCCACUCCGGUCGGCCUGGA